ACAAACUAUUAAAGAGUUGUUACCUUCCCCUUAGCGGGGCCCGACCCUCCUAUGCAAAAUAAAUAGAUACGGACUGCAACAAAAAAAAAACACAAGAAAAUUUCCCAUAUUAAUCCAUAUAUCUCUCCCUUCUCUUUGGAGUUAGAUCGGAUCAUGAUGCUUCUAUGAUCAGUCUCACUGCACCGCCAAACGCCGCCGUCGCUAUGGAGUUGAAUAGGGCAACGGGAUACCUAGCGGAUGGCCGCUGGGGCUCGGAAACAUCAACUUCACGAUGACGGCAUCCCAGCCGGUGGUGGCGCCGCCGCAGCCAGCUGCAGCAGCGUCCCGCGUCCGCCAUAUCCCGAGCUUCUCCUCAAUCUCUUCCUCUGAUCUGGAUACUGAGUCGACAGCAUCGUUUUUCCCGGACCAAAGCGUGCAGCUGGGAAGGUUGAUCGGAAUAAGGCCAAUUUGCGGUAAUAAGCAGAGUGAGAAAGAGGGGAGCAUGGGGCAGGAAGAUGAUGGUGGGGGCCAUAGCCCCCAUAUUGAUUCUCAGGGAUUCUGUACUCCUCUGCUGGCAAGAUUUUUCAGAAGGCCUAAGCAAACACUACUCUCUCAAUCUCAACAAUAGUAAUAAUACCAAUAACCAUGGCUUAAGCAAAAUCUUGGGCAGAGCUAAAACCCGAAUAAAGCCCUACCACCGUACUCUGUCGCCGGCGCCGCAUAACUGUGUCAUGGCCUCCUUCGCCGCCAGGUCUGUCUUGCGCUCCGCCGCCAGAAUCUCCGUCGGCGUGAAGCCGAGGGCUUCUCCUUCUCCAUUUCGUCUCCCAUCCCAAAAUCCCCUUUCCGCUCGCAUUUUCAGGUCACCCGUGGAGAUGAGCAGUGUUACCGUGGCUUCGAUGUUGCCCUGCCACACCGCCACUGCCUCAGCUCUGCUUACCUCGAUGCUUUCCGUCGCUCCGCGUACCCACGCUUGGACUAUCGAGGAUAACAUGCUGUAUUCAUCAGCUUGCAUUGAGGGGGUAUGAUGAUUGUUGGAUGGUCCCAAGACGUAUUUUUCGCAUGUGCUCUAGGACAGAGUCUGGUAAAUAGAGUCAUGAAUGAGCUCAGCACAAGAGAUGGACCAAUUUUUUGUGGAUUCCUUUUGUGUUUUACUAGUUUAUCAAAUAAGGAGUUGCUUUUUAUUUGUUUCAACGCCAAGGGACUGAAUUAUGUAAAAUUGUGGAAUCUAUUUAUUGAGAUGUGGUAGUUGUAAUCAUAUAGGACUAACUUGAAUUAUGCAACCUGCUCAUUUUUACCCUAUACCAUGCUGCUAUUUAUGUUAUUACCUUGCUAACUGCUAUCUGUUUGUUAAUGACCUUUUGACUUGGGCUCCCUUUUU